AUGAGCUCAGCAAGUUUCAAAAUAAAUCUCCUCACCUUCCGAGUGACUCAAAAAGUUUUACUAUUAAUGGGCCUUGCGCCUUACACCGUCACCAUCGAAGCCCCUCCCGCGAAGGAAUCCGCAUCGCCCAUCAAAUUCUCAUUUUCAAAAAGAGGAUGUGUCUAUAACAUUGCAUUAGUCAUACUAAUAAUCAUAACAGUGAUCACGUUCGUCCCAGAAAUACUUCAAUUCGAGCAUCCCAAUUACGGUCCCGUUGUGAAGUGCAUCGACAUCACCCUUAUCAUAAUCGGCAACACAAUCGCAGUAACUACUAUUCUGAUCUGCUGCAACUAUCAACAGAAUAUUGUGGACAUUGGUAAUCAGCUGGGGGAAUUUCACCAGAAAUUUCAGGUCAAAUCGUCGCAAAAGUGCAAAAGUGAAUUAACAAAUUGCGAGUACUCUGUGAUAGUCUUCAUCUUCUCACUGUUUUCCAUCGGGUUGGUGAUCGCUAGUUUUUUCCUAUAUCAAUCUCUCGUAAUUUUAUCGUCUCUCCCCUGUGCGAUAAUUUCCGCCAGUUUCAUCGUUAAAUACAGUUUGAUCAUCAAAAUUCUUAAGGGAAUGAUGAAAUCCAUGAAUGAAGCGAUCUGUCAAAUGGACAAGUGUCUCAUAGUGUUCCCAGAGGACUCAUUCUUCCCAGAAAACAUUGGGAAUCCCCGGUUAAUCGUGCGGAAUUUGGCCGCUGUGAGACAAGCGCGCGCUGUCGUCUGCAAAAUUUCUUGUCAGAUUGCCGACAUUCAUGGGCUACCAAGUUUGUCCAUCAUUUUCUACGCUUGUUGUGGGUGCGUUAGCGCAGUCUACUUCCUCAUAACUAAUUUCAUGAUUCAACAGAGAUUGUUUUUGAACGUGGCGUCAAUGACUGGUAUUCUAUGGAUUCUGUUGAUCAUGUAUCCGAUUGUCCUUUUGAGUGAGACUGUCAAGAGAUUCAAUGCCGAGAUGGAGAGAACAGCUGGUCUUAUUUAUGAUUUUCGGGGAACUAGGGGAUUGAAUAAGGACAUCAUUUAUGAGUUGAACGAUUUUGCUGUUGAGUUGCUACACAGAAAAGUUGUGUUCAGUGCUUACGGAUUUUUUCCGCUGGAUUGUACUUUACUUUAUUCAAUAUUUGGGAUGGUUGUGACGUAUCUGAUAAUCCUGCUGCAGUACAAACCUCUUGAUGUCUCAACACAUUAA